AUGGUAACUGAAGAAAUGAAUGAUGAGCUAUUAAAAGAAGUUACAGAGGAAGAGAUAAGAAAGGCAGUCUUUAGCAUGGGAGGUUUUAAGGCACCUGGGCCUGAUGCUUCGGGUCAGAAAAUCAAUCUAGACAAAUCAGGAAUCACUUUUGGAUAUCAAGUGCCUUUACAGACUAGAGUGAACAUCGAGGAGAUUCUCGGCAUGGCGUCAUGGGAUACUCUAGGGAAGUAUUUGGGGCUACCAGCCAACUGGGGAAGGUCCCAAAAUAGAACUUUAGCAUGGAUCGAGGAGAAGGUCAUAAACAAGCUUGAAGGUUGGAAAGAAAAUCUAUUAAGUCAAGCAGGGAAGGAAACUUUAAUAAAGGCAGUUGUGCAAGCAAUACCAUCUUAUACGAUGAAUGUGAUUAGAUUUCCAAAAGACUUUUGUAGAAGGUUGAGCUCAAGGGUGGCGAGAUUUUGGUGGGCUUCAUCAGGAAAAGAGCGAGGCAUACACUAG